AUGGGCCCGGCCCUGUGUUGUCUCCAGCAGAUAAUCAGCACCAUGGAGACGCAGGCGUCCAAUGGCCCCGCGGGCACGGGAGCCACUGGUACUGGGCCCCCCCUGGCUGCCAACGGGGCCGAUGACUCCAAGACCAACCUCAUCGUCAACUACCUGCCCCAGAACAUGACGCAGGAGGAGUUCAAGAGCCUCUUUGGCAGCAUCGGCGACAUCGAGAGCUGCAAGCUCGUGCGCGACAAGAUCACUGGGCAGAGCCUCGGCUAUGGCUUCGUCAACUACGUGGACCCCAACGACGCCGACAAGGCCAUCAGCACCCUCAACGGGCUCAAGCUGCAGACUAAGACCAUCAAGGUGUCAUAUGCACGGCCCAGCUCAGCCUCUAUCCGCGAUGCCAACCUGUAUGUGAGCGGUCUGCCGCGCACCAUGGGCCAGAAGGAGAUGGAGCAGCUCUUCUCUCAGUACGGCCGCAUCAUCACCUCCCGCAUUCUGGUCGACCAGGUUACAGGAGUGUCGCGUGGCGUGGGCUUCAUCCGUUUUGACAAGCGCGUGGAGGCUGAGGAGGCCAUCAAGGGGCUGAAUGGGCAGAAGCCACUGGGCGCAGCUGAGCCUAUCACGGUCAAGUUUGCCAACAGCCCAAGCCAGAAGACGGGGCAGGCACUGCUCAGCCACCUCUACCAGGGCUCAGCCCGGCGCUACCCUGGGCCCCUGCACCACCAUGCCCAGCGCUUCCGGCUUGACAACCUGCUAAACAUGGCCUAUGGCGUCAAGAGGUAAAUAUCACCCCGCAACUGCCCCCCACCCCAACAAGCCUGGGCACCUCCCAGACCCCCACCCCUCCUGCCAAAGGCCUGCUGCCCAGAAAGGAGGGGAGGGGAGGCUGUGACCAGCACCACCGAGGGGGAGGCCGCCAGGGCUAUUGCUGCCCUCAACGGCUACCGCCUGGGCGACCGCGUGCUGCAGGUCUCCUUCAAGACCAGCAAGCAGCACAAGGCCUGAGCCUCACUGCCCCCAUGACCCCCCUAGUAGGGAGUGGGGAACAGAGCAGUGCCCCCCCCCCACCCCCGGCUCUUUGGAGAGGGCAAGGCAGCCUCCUCAUCCUGCUCUGGUUGGGAGGGUGGCACCCUCUGCUGCCUGGCUAUUUCCCUCUCCCAGGUUGGGGGUCACCCCCUGCC